ACUUUUUAAAUAUAAACAGUAAAAGACAUAUUGAACGACUGUGGCGUUCAAGUUAUUUCGCAAAGUCUUUCUGAGUGAAGUUUAUAUCAAAACAACGCGAUAUGACUGGCUGCUUUUAUGGACUAUUAGUUUACUGUUGCCUGAUGAUGUCAACGUCUACAUGUCCAUUCUAUGGGCAGCUGACUGGCCGUGAUUGUUAUGAAACUUCAUUGAAAUCGCCAUCGGUUGUAAGUGGUGUUUAUACAAUCACCGUCAGUGAAGACAAACCAUUGAAAGUCUACUGUGACAUGAAGACGGACGGAGGAGGAUGGACGGUGAUUCAGCGGCGACGCGACGGCAGUGAAGAUUUCUAUCGCGAAUGGAUAGAUUACAAAACUGGUUUUGGUAAUAUUAGGGAAGAGUUCUGGUUAGGUUUGGAUAACAUUCACAGUCUUACGAAUCAAGAUAAAGAAUAUAGUCUGAGAAUCGACAUGGAGGAUUUUGACAACAACCAUGCGAGUGCGCAAUACAAUCAUUUCAGCGUUGGAAACGAACAAAAUGGCUAUAAAUUGAAUGUGAGAGACUAUAGCGGUACUGCCGGUGAUUCGUUGAGUUAUCAUAACGACAUGGAAUUCGCCACUAAAGACAGAGACAACAACAAUUGCGCAGUGACGUCAUACGGUGCUUGGUGGUACAACCACUGCCAUUGGUCGAACUUGAAUGGAAAAUAUGCAGGAGGGCACAAUUCACGUGACGACGCUAACGAUUCGUGGAAUACGUGGAGAGGGGCAGAUUACGGCCUUAAAAUGAUUGAAAUGAAAAUACGACCAUCGAUGAAAUAA